AUGGAGGUGCAAUGGUUGCCCCUCAUCCCUACAUGGGGGGUGGUCCUGGAAGAAGUAAGCAGGGUUGUGUGUGCAUUGUCUGAAGACAUGGAAACACACCCUAGUCUUUAUGGCUGUCCAUGGGAGUUGGUGACAGCUAUUGGAUUUUUUGUUGUUCUCUUGUUUUUUUGGAGAAGUUAUCAGUCUGUGAGAAGCAGGCAUUACAUGAGAAGAGAAGAAAAGCUUGCUCUAAAACUUUCUGGACUAAUUGAAGAAAAAUGUGAACUACUUGAAAAAGUUAGCCUUGUUCAAAAAGACUAUGAAGGCUUAGAGUCAUCUUUAAAGAAUGCCAUUUUGGUGAAGGAUUCAAUAGAAGCAGAAAAUUCGGAAGCAAUAUAUGAAAACCUGGAUAGGUCCAUAUCUAAACUUGAGGAUGAGAUACUCCUUCUAGAAAAAGAGUGAAAAGAAGAGAAAACUAAACAUUCUCAACAGGAUGAAUUGAUGGUGGAUAUAUCAAAAAGGAUUAAGUCCCUAGAAGAUGAAUCAAAAUCCGUCAAAUCACAAAUACCUGAAGCUAAAACAGCCUUGAGAAUAUUUCAAAUGAAUGAAGAAGAAGUUACAGUAGCAAUAAAAGUGACUUUGAAUGAAAAUUCCCAACUUCAGGAAAGUCAGAAACAGCUUUUAUAUGAAGCUGAAGUAUUGAAAGAAAAAGUGAAGGGCCUUAAUAAACAGAAAACACUUGAAGACUCCAAAGUACAUGCAGAACAAGUUCUAAGAGAUAAAGAAAACCACAUUAAGUCUCUGACUGAACAUUUGCUGCAGAUGAAAGAUUGGGCUUCUGUGUUUGAAGAAGUCUUAACAGAUGAUGGUAACUUGGAAUUGGAAAUGAAGAGUGUUGUACAAGGAGAAAGAGAUCAAAUUUUUACUUUAUUUUCUGAAUUAAUUGAAACAAAGGAAGACCUUAUAGAACAUAUUAAAAAUCUUAAGACAGAACAAGCAUCUUUGCAGUCAAAAAAUACACAAUUUAAAGGUGAGAAUCAGAAUCUUCAGCAGAAUCUCAAAGUCAUGAUUGAACUACAUCAAGAAAAUGUAAUGAAACUCCAAAGGAAAUUAAUAGGAGAGGAAAAUUACCCGGUAGAGCGAGAAGAGAAACUUUACAAAAUGGAGAAAAACAUCAGCCAUGCAACUGAACAGCUGGAGACCUAUAGAAAGCAAGUCAAAGACCUUGAAGAAGAAUUGGAGAGAACCAUUCAUUCUUAUCAGGGGCCGAUUAUGUACUGUGAGAAGAAAGCACAUGGUAAUGAGUUGGCAGCUCAGAGUGCUGAAAGAUACCUCAAUGAUUUAAGGAAACAAAAUGCUCAUGACAGACAAAACUUAACUGAAAAUGAGUUUGAAUUUAAACUUGUAGAAAAAGAUCCUUCUGCAAUCAGAGGUCCAUUGUUUCCAGUGGAUCCAAGUGUCAGUUCAUGA